UACCUCUUGCUUUCACUGUGUUGCCUUACGACCCAAACAUUCCUGACUAAAUAGCACAAGCUUAAAAAAAGCAAGAGCGAAUUCCACGACAUUUGCCCCUCGAUAGUCACGCGGCGCAUUGCCCGGAUUUUCUAGGAGCCACCAGAGCAUUGCUGUAGUUGCGCAUUCUACUCAAGCCCCCGCUUCGGUGGGUGGCUCAUAGAGCUUAGGAAGAUGCCCAAGCAGACUGUUAAGCUGGUCUCCGCUGAGGGCUACGAGUUUAUCGUGGAUUAUAAGGCAGCAUGCGUUUCCAACACGAUCAGGAACAUGCUCAGCUCACAAGGUAGCUUUACGGAGACGGAGUUGGGAGAGGUUAAGUUCCCUGAGAUCUCGACGCCCAUCCUGGAGAAGGUCUGCCAGUACUUCUACUACAAGCUCCGAUACCAGAACUCCACCACCAAGAACAUCCCCGAGUUCAAGGUGGCCCCCGAGAUAGCGCUGGAGCUGCUCAUGGCGGCCAACUUCCUGGACACGUGAGAGGGAGGGGGAGGCAGGCAGGAGGGAGGCAGGCAGCCAGGAGGGAGCAGCAGCAGCAGCAGCCUGUGGGAGGGGGGAGGCGCGCGGAGGGAAAGGGGGACACGGCAGGAGGGGGCAGCUGGGGGAUGGGGAGAGCUUGGCGGGACAACUUGCGGUGCGGAAGACACGCAGCGGCGGCAACAGUGGCGGCGGCAGCAGCAGCAGUGGCGGUGGAAUGGCUGCCAAAGGGGGGAGGGGGAUCACCACAGCCGCCAGCCAAGGGGUUCAUGGCUGCCGGGCGCUGUGCUGCACGCCUGCCUGCACCCAGUGGCACGAUGCGGCGCUUGUGGAUGGAUAUGGCCCGGGAUGUGGGGUGUGGGGUGUGGGGUGUGGGGUGUUGGGUGUUGCCGAGGACCGCCCUCGGGAGACGCGUGUGUGGAGACACUUCGGCACAGCUGUCGGGUCGCGACUGGCUGGCUGUAUCGGUUGUUUUUGAUAUCCCGCUGAGGGGGGACACCCCCAUGUUACAGCUGUUCAGAAGGGGGUUGCUGCGGUGCUGUGUGCCGUCUGAUGGUGUCGUGGCGGUGGCGUCUGAUGUGCAUGUGCAUGGGGACCGCUGGGCACCGUACAGAGGUUGAGUGAGGGAGAGUGGGGAGGUGAUAGGGUUUAAGGGACUAGGUUUGUUGAAGAGACAUGUCGACCGAAUGUUGUAGGCACACGCACGCGCUGGCCUACACAGGUAGCGUCAACGUUUCGAGGUCGGCUUGAUGCAGCGCGCUGGAAGCAAGAAACAUGCAUCCUUAUAAGCACUCGGCCCAUGCUGGUGGUCAUAGUGGGGGGGUUAGCCAACACGCCUGCGUUGGGCAAAGGACCCGAUUGGUUGGCAGGAGAGAGAGGGCGGGAGGGAUAGAUGAUUGGGUCUGCAACACAC